GGGUUAAAUCUACAUCGUCAAAUGUUUAUUUAAUUCAGAUGGAGGCUCCACUACGGUGGCUUGCUGAGGGUUACAAUUCUAUUCUCUAUGGGUUUCCUUCCGUUCCCGGCCUCCUUUAUCAAUUUGAAAACGCUCUUCCUAAUCAGCCGCCGACGCCAGCUCUUCCUGGUUCGCGACUGUGGGGUGUUUGCUACAUUUCCUGUCGAGAUAUUUAGUUCUGUGUUCGAUUUUCGAUUCUACGCAAUUAAUAGCGUCUGAACUAUCUGAAUUGAAAAUAAAUCAUCGUAGCUGGCUAGGAAUUGCCCUAAACAUAGCCUGGAAGAAGACCACUGUAAAAUUUUGUAUAACGACAGCUUAUCAAGCACAAGUGGAUAUCCAGGCGUGAAAAAUUGGAAGGGUUCUCGAGGAUUUUUCUACGGAAAUGAUCCACAUGAGACCUUUUCCACAAUCGUGACCUAGUUAUCCCAGAACUACACACGGGAUCACGAGAUACACAAUAAAUUUCUUACGAUCACAGAACAGAA